GAAGAGCCGCGCGGCAGGCCGGUAGCUGGCGGUCUUGUCAGUUGCGACCAUGGAGGCCCUGGCCGAGCCGCAGUGGCCUCCGAGUUUGGCGGUGAUGAAGACAAUAGAUGAUUUGCUGCGCUGUGGGAUUUGCUUUGAGUAUUUCAACAUCGCAGUGAUAAUCCCCCAGUGCUCUCACAACUAUUGUUCUCUCUGCAUAAGAAAAUUUUUGUCCUAUAAAACUCAGUGUCCAACUUGUUGUGUGGCAGUAACAGAGCCAGACCUGAGAAAUAAUCGCCUUUUAGAUGAACUGGUAAAAAGCAUGAAUUUUGCACGGACUCGCCUGUUGCAGUUUGCUUUAGAGUCACCACCCAUAUCUCCUGUGUCCUCCACCUCGAAGAAAGUUGUUAAAGUAUAUAAUGCUGAAGCCAUCAAACAUCCUAGCAAACAGGGGAACAGGUUAAUGGAUAAGUUCCUGGUUAGAGAAAAUGAUGAUUCUGUAUCUGAGUUGUUGGGAAAAGAAAAUGACAGGAAAUUCAGCCCUCAUAAAGAGAUAAGUACCUUUGCUGAGAUUAAGGAGACAAGUCUCAUAGGAAAGACGGUACUUGGUCCCUCGGAUGCUAAUGGUCCUGUGACACCUUCUACAUCUACUAUGAAACUGGACACUAAAGUGUCUUGUCCUGUUUGUGGGGUCAGCAUUUCAGAAAAUCACAUCAAUAAGCAUUUAGACUGUUGCUUAUCGCGUGAAGAGAAGAAGGAGAGUCUUAGAAGUUCCGCUCACAAAAGGAAGCCACUGCCGAAAACUGUGUAUAACUUGCUCUCUGAUCGUGAUUUAAAGAAAAAGCUGAAACAGCAUGGCUUAUCUGUUCAAGGAAACAAACAGCAGCUUAUUAAAAGGCACCAAGAAUUUGUGCACAUGUAUAAUGCCCAGUGCGAUGCUUUGCAUCCUAAAUCAGCUGCUGAAAUAGUUCAAGAAAUUGAAAACAUGGAGAAGACAAGAAUGCGCCUUGAAGCAAGUAAACUCAAUGAAAAUUUCAUGAUUUUUACGAAGAACCAAACAGAGAAGGAAAUAGAGGAAAUUCACAGUAAAUAUCCCUGCUUUUUAAAAGCACCCAGUUCCAGCAGCCCAAGAGUGGCACCACCUUCAGAGAGCUGGGACCCUCCCACAUUAGUCAUCAAUCAAGAAAAGAUACCACUCUUGCCCACAGGCCAAUCUGGAGGUAAAAAGCAUCAGAAUGAAUUCCAGCUUCUGGUAGAUCAGGCCAAAAGAGGAUACAAGAAAACUGGCAGAAUGUCAGAAGCUACAAAAACAAGAAAAGAUGGACCUGCAGAGAAACUGUCAUCUGAAUAUACUGCACAAGAAGAUAAUGUGAGCUUCUCAGAUACUGUCUCAGUAACAAAACCCAUUCUUCAGUCAAAGCUGGACUCCCCAGGGCAGUCAGAGCCCGAGAGACCAGAUGAUUCUUCUAGUUGUACUGAUAUUCUCCUCUCCUCAGAAUCAGAUUCAUGCAAUAGUUCCAGUUCAGACAUCAUAAGAGAUCUUCUGGAAGAAGAGGAAGCCUGGGAAGCAUCUCACAAAAAUGAUCAAAACAUAGAAGUAAGCCCACAACAGAAUCGCCGCUCUAGAGCCGCUGAAGGUGCUGAGAUUGAACCAAGAAACAAGCGGAAUAGGAAUUAGUAUGAGCUUUUGCCAGCUUUUCCAUACAGUGACCUGAAUGUGUGUUAUUUUUAUUGCCAUAUGUGCUUUCAUAUUUAGCAAUAUCCAAGGAAGAUAUUUAGUUCUAAAUGUAAUAGUUAAUUUAUUUUCAUUCUUUGCCUUUCUGGAAGGAAAAAAAAAAAAGAAAAGAAAAGUUCUGAAAUUGCCCUUCUUAGUCAGUUGCUUCCUUCCCUCUAAGACAUUUUUUUCCCUAAAACACAUUCACCAGCUUUGCACGGAGCACACAUUCCUUAGCAGGAGUGUUUGCCUUGGUUUGACUUCUCUAUUUCAGGAUGUUUUAAAGUCAUUUUUCACUUCUUUCCAUUGGGGAACCAACCUCAGCAACAGCUUCCUUUUGGUAAGAGUAUGCAUGCUUUUGUCAUAAUCCACAAAGCCUUGGUGUAAGUGGGUGAGACCAGGCCACCAGCAGUUACUAGUUGGUGCCCAAGUUGAAUGUAUGUGGUUGUUAGACACACCUGUGUUUUACAUAUAGAGUAGAUUUAUAAUGUGAAGUCACAAAGUGAAUUUUAUAAUUUUUGAAAAGUCAGGAAAGUUAGUAUUGUAAUUUAAGGUAACAGUCACAGUAACUCUGAAACAUGCAUAUUCUUCUGAAGUGCCACUUAAAAAUUAUUAGUAUUUUUCCACAGGGCCAGGCAGAUCUCUAACACUUGGAAUCCCAACUGUUAAAAAAAAAUAAAAAAGAAAAAAAGAAAUAAAUGGAUUUUAUCAACGAAUAAUACAAUUUGUAAUGUCCUUGAAACAGUGUCUUGUGGGUAUUUGAAUAGAGGCUAUAAAUCUUUAUAUUGCAUUUGUCAUAAAAUUUGUUAUU